AUGAGAAAUAUGGAAAUGGCGGCGAUGACGACGACGACGACGACGGCGGUGGCGGUUACUCACAAUAAAAUAAAACUUCGCGAAGUGAACAGGCAUUUGGUGUGUCGACUUUGUCGCGGAUAUUACAUCGAUGCCACGACGAUAGCCGAGUGUUUACAUUCUUGUAAGUAG